CAUUUUAUUUCAAUCAGUGUCGUGAAAUUGUGGAAUUUCAGAGCUUGCGAAAAAAUCCAGAGAAAUCCAUUGGAAAAGCGACAAAUUUUUGACAAAAACAAAUAUUGAGAUUUUGUCGCGGCCAUGUCGCGCAAACGGAUGAGGAAAUUUGGCAAGAAUUUGAGUGUCUUGGAGCCAGAGCAAGCCAUUAAGCCCACGGAUUAUGAUACUUGCGUCUUGUUCCAGGCUAAGUUCCGUAAAAAUUUUGCCUGUGGGGCAGAGAAGGGGCAUCCGAAGGGGCGUCCGAAGGGGCGUCCGAAGGGGCCUCUGAAGGGGCGUCCGAAGGGGCCUCUGAAGGGGCCUCUGAAGGGGCAGAAGCCACAGAGUUGUGCCGCCUGCCAGGCGUCACCGAAAGUGCGUGUCCCGCCGAUCGCCAAAGUGCAAGUGCAACAGCAGAAGGGGUCGUGCUCCAUCGGGGCACCAAGAUUGUGCACCCUCUCGAUCAGAAGCAAGGGGCAGAAGAAGCUUCAGUCGAAUGGCGGUAAGCAAAACUCGCCGCCGGGCAGCAGCGAUAAUGAGGCGUACACACCGCUCGAUUGCUAUCCAGUGCCGGAUGAUGCCACCGCCGAGGCCGCGUCGAUGAAGAAGGCCAAGAAGAAGCCGCGCAAGCGCUAUCGCAUCCGCAACAAGAUGUACAGUGGGGUUGUCGAUAGGGUCUUGGAGUCCUUGGCCGAGAUGGCCACCAACAUGCUGCAUGCCCGCGGCAUGCACAUCUGGGAUGCCAAAAGCGAUGUCGAAGUCGCCGCGGUGGUCGAUUACUUGAUCCUCUCCGAUAACCUGCCCGCCCGCAUAGCGGCCGCUAUUGCCCAGACAGGCGAGCAGAUGAACGCAGAAGAGGUGGCACUCGUCGAAAAUGCUGUCGUCAAUAACCUGCAGGAGGCAAAACGUGUCCUGGAGCAGAAAAAAACAAAUGCAGCUACCACCGGAGGAGCUGCUCAAACGCCAAUCCCGCCCAUGCAAAAGGAUUUGGCCAAGCGACGAGCUGCCGCCGAGGCAGUUGCCACCGGAGGAGCUGCUCAAACGCCAAUCCCGCCCAUGCAAAAGGAUUUGGCCAAGCGACGAGCUGCCGCCGAGGCAGUUGCCACCGGAGGAGCUGCUCAAACGCCAAUCCCGCCCAUGCAAAAGGAUUUGGCCAAGCGACGAGCUGCCGCCGAGGCAGUUGCCACCGGAGGAGCUGCUCAAACGCCAAUCCCGCCCAUGCAAAAGGAUUUGGCCAAGCGACGAGCUGCCGCCGAGGCAGUUGCCACCGGAGGAGCUGCUCAAACGCCAAUCCCGCCCAUGCAAAAGGAUUUGGCCAAGCGACGAGCUGCCGCCGAGGCAGUUGCCACCGGAGGAGCUGCUCAAACGCCAAUCCCGCCCAUGCAAAAGGAUUUGGCCAAGCGACGAGCUGCCGCCGAGGCAGUUGCCACCGGAGGAGCUGCUCAAACGCCAAUCUCACCCAUGCAAAAAGAUUUGGCCAAGCGACGAGCUGCCGCCGAGGCAGUUACCACCGGAGGAGCUGCUCAAACGCCAAUCCCGCCCAUGCAAAAGGAUUUGGCCAAGCGACGAGCUGCCGCCGAGGCAGUUGCCACCGGAGGAGCUGCUCAAACGCCAAUCUCACCCAUGCAAAAGGAUUUGGCCAAGCGACGAGCUGCCGCCGAGGCAGUUGCCACCGGAGGAGCUGCUCAAACGCCAAUCCCGCCCAUGCAAAAGGAUUUGGCCAAGCGACGAGCUGCCGCCGAGGCAGUUGCCACCGGAGGAGCUGCUCAAACGCCAAUCCCGCCCAUGCAAAAGGAUUUGGCCAAGCGACGAGCUGCCGCCGAGGCAGUUGCCACCGGAGGAGCUGCUCAAACGCCAAUCCCGCCCAUGCAAAAGGAUUUGGCCAAGCGACGAGCUGCCGCCGAGGCAGUUGCCACCGGAGGAGCUGCUCAAACGCCAAUCCCGCCCAUGCAAAAGGAUUUGGCCAAGCGACGAGCUGCCGCCGAGGCAGUUGCCACCGGAGGAGCUGCUCAAACGCCAAUCCCGCCCAUGCAAAAGGAUUUGGCCAAGCGACGAGCUGCCGCCGAGGCAGUUGCCACCGGAGGAGCUGCUCAAACGCCAAUCCCGCCCAUGCAAAAGGAUUUGGCCAAGCGACGAGCUGCCGCCGAGGCAGUUGCCACCGGAGGAGCUGCUCAAACGCCAAUCCCGCCCAUGCAAAAGGAUUUGGCCAAGCGACGAGCUGCCGCCGAGGCAGUUGCCACCGGAGGAGCUGCUCAAACGCCAAUCCCGCCCAUGCAAAAGGAUUUGGCCAAGCGACGAGCUGCCGCCGAGGCAGUUGCCACCGGAGGAGCUGCUCAAACGCCAAUCCCGCCCAUGCAAAAGGAUUUGGCCAAGCGACGAGCUGCCGCCGAGGCAGUUGCCACCGGAGGAGCUGCUCAAACGCCAAUCCCGCCCAUGCAAAAGGAUUUGGCCAAGCGACGAGCUGCCGCCGAGGCAGUUGCCACCGGAGGAGCUGCUCAAACGCCAAUCUCAGCCAUGCAAAAGGAUUUGGCCAAGCGACGAGCUGCCGCCGAGGCAGUUGCCACCGGAGGAGCUGCUCAAACGCCAAUCCCGCCCAUGCAAAAGGAUUUGGCCAAGCGACGAGCUGCCGCCCAGAUGGCUGAGCACUCGCCGCCGUUGAGCGUCAACACCAACAAGGUUGAAAAGAUUUGUCAUUUGGCCGAAGACUUAUUCGCGGUGUGGGGGGCCACCAACUCACUCAAUCGUAUCGAAGGAUUUCAUGUAGGAUCAUUCUUGGCCGAACUGAAGGCCAUGUCCAAUCCGCGGGUGGCCGAAGAGAUGUUUAAAAAUCAUGCCGGGAUCGACGAAAUAAUGUCUUUGCUGAAGAACUUUAAUGAUUUGACCAAGAUGGUUAACGAACAUGAAGAAGAGGGGCCCGAAGAAGAAGAAGGGUCCGAAGAAGAAGCAGGGCCCGAAGAAGAAGCAUGGCUCGAAGAAGAAGCAGGGCCCGAAGAAGAAGCAGGGCCCGAAGAAGAAGCAGGGCCCGAAGAAGAAGCAGGGCCCGAAGAAGAAGCAUGGCUCGAAGAAGAAGCAGGGCCCGAAGAAGAAGCAGGGCUCGAAGAAGAAGCAGGGCCCGAAGAAGAAGCAGGGCCCGAAGAAGAAGCAGGGCCCGAAGAAGAAGCAGGGCCCGAAGAAGAAGCAGGGCCCAAAGAAGAAGCAGGGCUCGAAGAAGAAGCAGGGCCCGAAGAAGAAGCAGGGCCCGGAGCACGCCCAGCAGGAGUAGUCGAAAAGGCCGAUAAGAACGUUGGCACAGACGGAGAUUUAGGUAUGUGGAUACCCUUGUCUGUGCCCAAUUAUAGUGCCGCCAAGAUGGCUGAACAGCUCCGUCAGUUGGCCGCAGCUAAAAUGGAAAAGCGGAACGCACAAGACCAGGCCACGGACGGAUUUAAUAAGCAAUCCUUUUACGGAGAGCUGGCUGUCCAUGAGAAAGCCAAAGCUGGGCCCAAUCAAGAUUUAAAAGACCUUUCCGAAUCGUUUGUCGACCUCUCCUUGGGGCCCCCGGAGCCGAUGGAGGAGGUGGGUGAAUAUGGACAUUGGGCCAACAAAAUGAUGUCCAUGGUAAGGAAUUUGGGUGACUUGGUAACGGGUGCCAUUGACGGUUAUCGCGCCAUACAGCAAACAGCCGCUCAGAACGCCGAAGAGAUUCGUCUGUUUUCCGAAGACGGAUACGCCAUGGAGCAGAACCAGCCAAAAGAUAUAACAGAUCCGAUUCCGGAAAUGCAAUCACCUUCGGAUGAACUGAAAGCCCGUAUACUGCACCUGGAGGAACAAGUAAUGAAUGCUAAAGAGGGUCCAGAGCUCAACGGACCGAUGCCGAAUGCCAUACCGGAGGGUAACCCGGAGAUGAAUGAUUUCGCAGAGAACGCCAGCGAUGAUGAAAAUGAAAUGAUGUUUUUCGAUACCACCAACGAUGACGGACAGCUGAAGGAAUGGUAUGAAAAUGGAGAGAAGGUAACCGGCUACUACUGGCCAAUGAUUGUGGGCGGCACCUUUGGUUUAAAAAAGAAAAGAAGAUCGGUUGAAAUUUUAAAGUAAAUGAUAUUUGACACAAAAACAUAAGAAGCAAAGCAAAAAAGAACCAAAAAAAAAAACGAAGCAAAAAAAAAAAAG